AUGUCUAGUGCGGCACCAUCUGAUAAACGUGAAGUUUUACCAAGUAACGUAACUCCAUUGCAUUAUGAUUUGGAAGUAGAGCCCAAUUUUGAAACUUUCAAGUUUGACGGAUCUGUCAAGAUUGAUUUGAAAGUCAAUGAAAAAGACGUCGAUACCGUUCAAUUGAACUUGAUCGAUAUUGAGAUCCAUUCUGCCAAGAUUGGCUCCGCGGACGCCGAGGUUUCUUUCGACAAGGAAAAUCAAAUUGCAGAGUUCAAGUUUGCUGAGGGCACGUUGUCCCAAGAGAACGUUAGACUUGAUAUCGUGUUCACUGGUAUUUUGAACGAUAACAUGGCGGGAUUUUACAGAGCGAAGUAUGAGGACAAGUUGACCGGUGAAACUAAAUAUAUGGCAACAACACAAAUGGAACCAACAGAUGCAAGAAGGGCAUUCCCCUGUUUUGACGAGCCAAAUCUAAAGGCGACUUUUGAUGUGACAUUAAUUUCAAAUGAUUCCUUGACUCAUUUAUCUAAUAUGGAUGUUAAAACUGAAAGUGUCAAGGAUGGUAAAAAAAUUACAAAAUUUAAUACAACUCCAAAAAUGUCCACAUACCUGGUUGCAUUCAUUGUUGCAGAAUUGAAGUUCGUGGAAAACAAAGAUUUCCGUAUACCCGUUAGAGUUUAUGCUACCCCAGGAAAUGAAAAAGACGGUCAAUAUGCAGCCGAUUUGACUGCGAAGACAUUAGCAUUUUUUGAGAAAUCUUUCGGGAUCAAAUAUCCCCUACCAAAAAUGGAUAAUGUUGCCGUUCAUGAAUUCUCUGCUGGAGCCAUGGAAAAUUGGGGCCUAGUGACCUAUAGAGUCGUUGAUCUUCUACUAGAUGAAGAAAACUCAACGUUAGAUCGUAUCCAAAGAGUCGCAGAAGUUGUGCAACAUGAAUUAGCUCAUCAAUGGUUUGGUAACUUAGUUACCAUGGACUGGUGGGAAGGUUUGUGGUUAAAUGAAGGUUUUGCAACAUGGAUGUCAUGGUACUCUUGUAAUGCAUUUCAGCCAGAAUGGAAAGUUUGGGAGCAAUAUGUUACCGAUACUUUGCAACAUGCUUUAGCAUUAGAUUCUUUGAGAUCAUCUCAUCCAAUUGAAGUUCCAGUCAAAAGAGCCGAUGAAAUUAACCAAAUUUUUGAUGCAAUUUCUUAUUCAAAAGGUGCAUCAUUAUUAAGAAUGAUUUCAAAAUGGUUAGGUGAGGAUACUUUUGUUAAAGGUGUUUCGGAGUAUCUGAAUAAGUUUAAAUAUGGUAAUGCAAAGACUGAAGAUCUUUGGGAUUCAUUGUCAAAGGCCUCCGGUAAAGAUGUUCGUAAAGUCAUGGAUAUUUGGACUAAAAAAGUUGGUUAUCCUGUCAUUACUGUUACUGAAAAUGGUAAUGAGAUCACUUUCAAACAAAAUCGUUAUUUAUCAACCGGUGAUGUGAAGGAUGAUGAGGAUAAGACAUUAUAUCCAGUAUUCUUAGCAUUAGCUUCUAAGGAUGGUAUCGAUAGUUCUUUGGUACUUGACGAAAGAGAAAAAACUAUUCAACUAAAAGAUUCAAGAUUUUUCAAAGUUAACGGGGCUCAGUCAGGAAUAUACAUCACAUCCUAUUCAGAUGACAGAUGGGCUAAAUUUGGUGAACAAUCGAAUUUAUUGAGUGUUGAAGAUCGUACUGGUUUGGUUGCUGAUGUUAAAGCAUUAUCUGCUUCUGGUUAUACUUCAACAACAAAUUUCUUACAAUUAAUUUCAAAAUGGAAUAAAGAGGAAUCUUUUGUUGUUUGGGAUCAAAUUGUCAAUAGUAUAUCAUCAUUGAAAUCUACUUGGGUUUUUGAACCACAAGACGUUAAAGAUGCUUUGGAUAAUUUUACAAGAGAGUUGGUCAGUAAGAAAGCUCAUUCAUUGGGUUGGGAGUUUAAUGCCAGCGAUUCCUUUGCCACUCAACGCCUGAAAGUUACCAUGUUUGGUACAGCAGCAGGUGCGAAAGAUCCAAAAGUUGAAAAAGUUGCAUUAGAUAUGUUUGAAAAAUAUAUUUCUGGUAAUAAAAAAGCAAUUCCAGCUUUGAUUAAACCUAUCGUUUUUAAUAUCGUUGCAAGAAGGGGUGGUGUUGAAAACUAUGAAAAGAUUUUCAAUAUUUACAACAACCCAAUAUCAAACGAUGAAAAAUUAGCUGCAUUAAGAACAUUAGGUAGGUUUAAAGAAUCUGAGCUUUUGGAAAGAACCUUAGGUUAUCUUUUCGAUGGAACUGUGUUGAACCAAGACAUUUAUAUCCCGAUGCAAGGUAUGAGGGCUCACAAAGAAGGUAUUGAAGCUCUAUGGAAAUGGGUGCAAACAAAUUGGGAUGAAAUCGCCAAGAGAUUGCCACCUGGUUUAUCUAUGUUAGGAUCUGUUGUCGUUAUUAGUACGUCUGGAUUCACUUCACUAAAAGCUGUUGAAGAAGUUAAAGCCUUCUUUGAGAAAAAAUCCACUAAGGGUUUCGAUCAAAGUCUUGCCCAAUCUCUAGAUACCAUCACUUCUAAGGCUCAAUGGAUUAACAGAGAUCGUGAAAUUGUUGAAAAGUACCUGGAAGAUAAUGGCUACUUCGAAUAA